AAAAAGUUGUCCAAAAACUUUUCUUCUUCUUUCGAUCUUCUCUUUGCUUCGAGUUGGUUUGUUUGUUUGUUUUCAUGUUCGUCUGUUUCUUGUUUCUCUAAGAUGACUCAAGUGUUGGUACGACGAGAGACACAAGGAAAGAAACUUAAAAGAUGGGACGUGAAGACCAUUUGUUUCUUCUUCUUAUUUGUCAUGUUUCAGAUAAGCUAUUCUUCAUCAGCUUAUGUUGCUUCUCGUCGUCACUUCAUCUCGUCACCGCCGAGAAAGACUUUGGUGUACGUAACGACGCCGUUUCGUGGGCCGUUGAGCAGAGAAGAUAACAUUUAUGGAGACGACAAGAGAGUAGUUCGCACGGGUCCCAAUCCUCUCCACAACUAACUUUUACGUGUAGCUAGUAUUAUCAAUUACCCUCCACACCCACCCUACGAAGACUACAUGCAAAACGCUAGACGCAAACGCUGAACGCUAUAGAAAAGUGCCUUCGCUGUAAAAUAAGGUUUGUCAUAGAUUUUGUAAGUUAGAAGCCUUUUUUUUCUUUUUGUAUUUCAGAGCAUAGAAACAUUUAUUUUUUUUAGUGUAGGAUUUAGUUCGUUUAUGGGGAACUCUAUGAAUGUUAGUAUUAAGAACUUAAAGAUAACACAAUCAUGCCUUAAUUUCAAUUCC